AGGUUACUUCACUUGUUUCAGUUCACUUGUGGGGCACCCACCGAAGGUUGGGUAACUCUGUCUCGUGCCCCAACAGUCGUCCAUUCAAUAGCCAGGCACGACAUAAAUCUACAAACUAGGAAAAUCAUUUAAUCAGUCUCGUUCUGUCUCCCGUACAAAAACACUGUCGUCCCACAGUUUAUCCCGCGCUCACAAAAUUAGCACCAUUGUGCAAAUUAACUCAGCCACACAAUCAUAAAAAAAUCUCUUUCGCGGUAAACAUGGAUCCGGAAUAUCCAAUUUACGAAUGGAUUAACAGAGAAUUGUGCACGAAAAUUGUUAAUUCGUACGUGGGGAAAUCCUGUGAGAUCACUGACCUGGAUAUUAAGUAUGCAACAAGGAAGGGUGAUAAUUUUACGAGUGCUCUCUUUCGCAUAAAGCUCACGUACAGUGAGACAGGGAAUGCUCAAGUGCAAGAAUUACGCUUUAUUCUCAAAACACCUAUUCAGGAGGAACAACACAUUGAGGCUGUUUCGGAGGAAUUUAACAUUUUUAAGCGAGAAUCCACAGUUUAUGGGACAAUUCUCGAAAAAUGCUAUGGCCUGUUGAGAGAGAAGGGAGAUAUGACGGUUUUUGGGCCCAGGCCACUGUAUGUGGAGGAAAAACUUCUUGCAAUGGAAGAUUUAACAGCCAUGAAUUACAAUCUUAUGGGAAGGGGAAAGAAAUUAAAUCGUCAUCAGUGCCAUUUGGUUUUGAGCAAAUUAGCCCGGUGGCACGCAACUACAGCAGUUUUGUUUGAGAAAGAACCCAAAUUAUUUGAGAAUCAUCAUGUACCGAAUUUCUCAGAGGAAACCCAACACAUGCACCUCCUCUUCACGAACAUUCUCGCCGCAGCCAUGAAGCACAAUCGCGGUGCACCUGAACUCAAGAACUUCACAAAUAAAUUGGCCGCCUUCACAGCUCAGGUCAUUCCGAGAAUGAUUGGGGUUUUUACGCGUGACCCCAGUGGUUUCUCUGUGCUCAAUCAUGGUGAUUUGUGGAUCAAUAAUAUGCUCUUUAGGCACAAUGAGAAGGAAAAUCGAUCCGAUGAUGUUCUCUUCGUUGACUUCCAAGAGGGCUUCUACGGUUCACCGGGUAUUGAUUUGAACUACUUCCUCUACACAUCAGUGGAAUUGGACAUAUUGCUCAAUGGCUAUGAUGACCUCGUUGUUUUCUACCACGAAGAACUAGAGAAGACGCUCAAGCUUCUCGGCUACAGCGGAAAGUAUCCCACCUUGCAGGAUAUUCACACAGAAAUCAUCAAGAAAGGUGAUCAUGGUUUGGUGACUCUUCUGGGAUUGGUUCCAAUCAUGACAACACCACACACUCAAUACGCAGAAGCGUCGUACUUUUUUGAGGAUACCGAUGAAACACUCAAAGCCAGGGAUCUAAUUUUCAAUGAUCAACAGCAUGUAGGUAUUGUGGCAAAGCUGCUUCCACGAUUCGUUGAAAAUGGAAUUCUGUAGAAAUAUCAGUUCUUUCACACCAUCGUCUUAUCAUUCAACACACCUUGAAAUCCCGGGGAGAUAAGAUUAUCUUAUGUACAUAAUUCCCGGUGAAUUUUAGGCAAUUCCAUGCACUUUGCUAAAUGAAAAUGUUGCUUUUGUAUUUUAUUUUGUAAUUUGUAAUAAAAAAAAACUAAUGCAGAAAAUAAAGAAAAAGUUGAAAAAUA